AUGCAGCUUCUGGGUCUUGGUGCCAUGCUUCUAGCCCAGCUGGGUGUCAGUGCCGCGACCUUCACCUUGAGUGAGGUUCAGGCACAGAUCGAGGCUUAUCAAGAGCAGAAUGGAACCCACGUUGCGCCGUUCGAUCCCCAGUUUGGCUGUACUCUAGCUUGUGGCUUCUUAGCCUUCAGCCGGCCUGGAAAGCUUUCAUACCCCAAUAGCUUGGCUUAUGAAUUCGAGGAGUCACGGUACUGGUCACAGCAACAAGCCUUCACUCGUCCCGCCUGUAGAUUUACACCAGGUGCGGCAGUCGACGUGUCGCUUGCUGUGCUGACGUCUCGUGUGACACAGUGCAAGUUUGCCGUCAAGAGCGGUGGCCAUGCCGCCUUUGCUGGUGCCUCCAACAUUGAGGGUGGCUUGACGCUGGAUCUGAGAAACCUGAACCGGGUUGUGGUCUCUGCUGAUAAGAAACAGACAUCCGUUGGCGCCGGAAAUAUAUGGUACGACGUUUACACCAAGCUUCAGCCCAUGGGCUUGACGGUCGUUGGAGGCAGAGUGUCUGCUAUUGGCGUCGGUGGCUUGACUCUGGGCGGAGGCAUUUCAUUCUUUUCUAACCGAUAUGGCUGGUCUUGUGACAAUGUCAAUAACUUCCAGGUUGUGUUCGCCGACGGAUCUAUCCGUCAUGUUAAUCCCCGUGCCUACCCUGACCUGUACUGGGCACUUCGUGGUGGAGGAAACAAUUUUGGUAUCGUGACUCGCUUCGACCUCGCGACGUAUCCUCAAGGUGAUAUGUGGGCUGGCUCUCAGGCCUUCCUUCUCACCAAUGAAACGGCGACUGCUAUAAACAAUGCCUUUUACCACUUGGCCAUCAACUCGCCGCAAGAUCCGUACGCUCAGAUCAUUAUUGCAUAUGCCUAUGUCCAGUCCCAAGGCGUGUAUGUUAUUGCUUCCGAUCUUCAGUACGGAAAGCCCACUCCCAACCCGGCUAUUUUGAACAAUUUUACCUCAAUCAAAGGACCUGUUGCAGACACGCUCCGUGUUACCAACCUGACGGGCCUGACCCUUGAAUUCAACAGCAGCAACCCUGGCGGCUUCCGACAAACCUAUUGGGCUCUCACGACUGGCAACGAUGCCGGUUUGAUGUCCGAAAUGGUUGCCAUCUACCAGGAUGAAGUUGAAAAGAUCAAGGACACACCUGGGAUUGUCCCCUCGGUGAUUUUCCAGCCCAUUUCUACGGACAUGACCAAGCUUAUGUCCAAAAACGGCGGUAAUCCCCUGGGUCUCGCCGGCCAAGGCCCCCUAAACUUGAUCAACAUUGACAUCUCGUGGUCCAACGAGGCCGACGACAUGCGCAUUAUUACCGCCGCCCAGAACAUGGCCACUCGCUUCGCCGCAGCUGCCGAGGCAAAGGGCUUGGACCACCCAUAUCUGUACCAGAACUACGCGGCUCUGCAGCAAGAUGUCUUUUUGAGCUACGGGGAGGUCAAUUUGGCGAGGUUGAAGUCCAUUCAGGCCAAGUAUGAUCCCACCAAGGCCUGGCAAAAGCUGCAGCCAGGAUACUUUAAGCUUGGAUAA